AUGGUACAAACUGUCAAACUGAGCGAGUUAGCUAAUAGAAAGAGACGUAAUACUGAUAAGGAAGAACAAGAAGAAGAAUCUGAAAUUGAUAUCAGUAGUACUGAUUCCGAGGCUGAAGAUAAAGAUAAUGAUGAUGACGAUAAAGAAGAGAUAGUCAAUAUUGAUUUUGAUUUCUACAAUGCAAACCCUGAUGUUGAUUUCCAAGCAUUGAAAAACUUAUCGAGACAAUUAUUUGGUGCUCAAGAGAGUAAUAAGAUUCAACUUAGUGCUUUAGCCGAUUUAAUGCUUGCAUCACCAAUGACUACAAUUAAGACAGAUGGUACUGAAUCUGAUCCAUAUUGUUUUAUUUCAUUUAUUGAUUAUAAAGAAAAUCGUGAUAGUGAUUAUGCUAAGUAUUUAAAUAAAGUCGACACUAAAUUAUCAACAUUUUUCAGAACUAUUGAUAAUUCUAAUGAUAAGACAUGUGCUUUAGUGAUAUGUGAAAGAUUAAUUAAUAUGCCACCUGAAGUUGUACCUCCUUUAUAUAGAAUUACAAUGGAUGACAUUAAGAAUUCUGCUAAUGGUGAUAAAGAGCAUUUUGAUUUUUAUGUUAUUGUCAGUAGGAAAUAUGAAGUAAAUUUUGAUACAGAUGAAACUACUUUAAGAUCAAGUAAAAGAGUUAAAAAUGAUGAAAUUGACUAUUUCCAUGAAGAGGAUAGAUUCUUAGAAAAAUAUGCAAAAAUACAAUUUCAAUCUGAAGCAAGAAAGGGUGUAAUCAGUACAUACAUGGUAUUAGAUCAUGAAGGUCUAAUGAAUGGUAUCGCUGAUUUAGAGGCAGAGAUUGCUAACUGGUAA